GGGUGGAGGGUGGAGUUCGCUUCUUGCGCGUUUUCCUUGCCCGGCGUACAGCGUGCUGGGAUCGUUUUGUGUGCUCGUGGCUGCAAACGGAGGCAAGCCGUCUAGGAAAGAUGUGGGGUGGCGAUGACCUGUAUGCCAUGUCUUGAGUUGCUCGAGGAUCGCCCGAGGAUCGCCCGAGGAUAGUUAAUUUCCCUGUGCGCGUUCGUUGUCCCCUUCGGCGGCAUUGGCAUUUUCAGGUAAUCAGGUUCCCCGGGGUGCAGCAGCGCGAGCCAUCGGCCUCGCUUGGUCGACGUGGAGGGGCGGAAUGACGGGGAGCCAUCGCGUGUCCCGCCGCGCGUGAGCGGAGAGAGCGAGAAGGGAUGAGAAGGAUUCACGCAGCCGAGGAAGGGGUGGGUGGGUUCAGGUAGUCUCCCUUGUCUUCUCCUGGCAAAGCCGCUCGCCAUUUGCUGAGACGGCAAGGGGGGGAGAAGAAGGAUGAAGCGGCCAAUCGUGUCUCGUGUGGUGAAUUUCGUCGGGGGUGAUCGGGGUAAGGCAUCAUGGACGACAAUUUUUGCAACGGCGGCGCUUUGCGCGUUCUUCUUCUAUGUUGGCAGCGAGUAUUGUAGCAGUAGCGAUGGCGGGUACUACGUACCUCAUGACGGGGAGGGGACAAACGUGGCGCUGCAGCCUUGCGCCGCGAAUCUGCACGAUCACACGCCCUGCAUGGAUCCGAACACGUGGUUCAAGAGGAACUUCCAGCGCGACAGAAUGGCCUUCCGCGAGCGCCAUUGCCCGCCAGAGCACGAGCGCCUUCGGUGCUUGAUUCCCCCUCCGCCGGGCUACAAGGUGCCAAUCCGUUGGCCGGACAGUUUACUGGAGUGCUGGUACAAGAACGUUCCAUACGACUGGAUUGGCAACGUGAAGAAGAACCAGAAUUGGUUGCGUAAGGAGGGAGAGAAGUUCCAUUUCCCCGGAGGAGGUACCAUGUUCCCCAAAGGCGCCGACGAGUACAUCGAUCGCUUGGAGAAGAUUUUGCCGGCGCUCGGGGAUGGGUCAAUCCGCACGGUGCUAGACACCGGUUGUGGGGUUGCGAGCUUCGGUGGGUAUCUCCUGCAGCGAAAGGUGCUAACCCUAUCGCUGGCCCCGCGCGACGUGCACGCAGCGCAAGUGCAAUUCGCAUUGGAGAGGGGUAUCCCUGCGAUCUUGGGCGUCAUCGGAACGCAGCGGAUGCCGUUCCCGGCGAGGGCCUUCGACAUGGCUCAUUGUGCUCGCUGCCUGAUCCCUUGGGCAGCAUAUGGUGGCGCCAUGCUGCUGGAGGUCGAUAGAGUCCUUCGCCCCGGCGGGUUCUGGGUAUUGUCGGGACCUCCGAUCAACUACGAGCACAUGUGGAGGAGUUGGAACUCCACCUUCGAGGACGAAAAGAGAGUUGAGGAUGGCCUAAGGUCGUUGCUUGACAGGAUGGGUUAUAAAUUGUAUCAAAAGGAGGGAGACUUCGCCGUGUGGCGGAAGCCGCUGGACAACAAGGAGCAUAAGGCGAGGGAUCCGGAUACGCUGCCAGCUGUCUGCGAUGAUGCGUACGGGGCGGACGAGGCCUGGUACACGCCGAUGAGGCCGUGCAUCACGCCUCUGCCGGAGGAGAAGGGUUUGAUGACCAAGCCCGCCGGAGGUGAGCUGAAGGAUUGGCCGGAGCGUGUGAAGGCUGUUCCGCCUCGUCUCGAGGAGGAAAUGACUCCUGCUGAUUUCGAGAAUCAUAACGAGGAGUGGAGGAAGCGCGUGGCGUUCUAUAAGGACGGCCCGGUACCGGAGCUGGGAACGAACCGAAUCCGCAACGUCAUGGACAUGAACGCACAGUACGGUGGUUUCGCCGCCGCCCUGGAGACGCUCUAUGGAGCCAGCGCGUGGGUGAUGAACGUUGUUCCGCCCAGCGGCACCAAAAAUACGCUGGGCGCGAUCUUCGAGCGGGGGCUUAUCGGUGCAUAUCACGAUUGGUGCGAGGCGUUCGAUACCUAUCCUCGGACGUACGACGUGCUACACGUGUCGGAACUAUUCUCGGAACAAUAUCAAAAGUUCCACUCCAAGUGCGAUGUCAUCGACGUUCUGAUCGAGAUGGACCGCGUCUUGCGACCGUCAGGGAUAGUCAUUUUCCAUGACAAGAAGCCGAUUCUCUCUGCCAUAGAGCCGUUGUUGCCGGGACUCAAAUGGGACUGCAAACGACACUCAGUGCACGAUUACCAAGCGAGCAAAUCAAGUAUGCUCGUUGUCUGCAGAAAGGAGUUCUGGGCGCUGGAUGUUUUAAGGAAAACGUAGGCUAUAUAUCACUAGUAGUAACGGGACUGCGUAGGCUGUAAUGGUGAGGAACGGUGGGCGGGGGACGAUGAUAAAGUCGUCUGCGAGAGCUUUGGUUGUUGGGUUUUGUCCAGCAGAGUAGUGAAGUCUCGCACGCACUUGCACGCGUGCACGGUAGUAGCCGUAGUGAAGUACGCUGUAGGAUAGCCGAGUUUGGGUGGGCAAUUCUCGAAUGGGGCGUGUUGCCGAUUGUAAAGAUGAGUUGCUGUAUUAGAUAUACGUGAAGCAUGCGCUGGAUUGAGCGGAACAUCAGUCUUCAAAUUCAGUUUUUGGGACGUAUACACGGCGGCUUGCCGGCUUGAAUGUCAACUCCCUCCCGCGCUUCUCAUCUGAUCUUGUGCCACCUUCGUUAGUUAGUCGAUCCCAGACGUUGUUGUUCGCUGAUCGAAGUUGGGGCUUCCGGUUCUCGCGCUGCUGGCGCUUGCCUCUGUUCUGAUGAACGAGUGCCGCAGUCGCGUUUUUUCUAAGUUCCCUGUUUUGCCCGCCAAGUCGGUGAGGGUCCCCUUUGACUUCUGUGCAGAGUGCGAUGUUUGUGGCCAAGCUUUUUGCAUGUCGUAAACGGUUCGCUGAAGCCCAAGGCGGCAGGGCAGCAGUUCCUUCCUUUCCUUUUCACACCGGGAAGGAGGAGGAAGUAUUGCUGGCAACGCUGUCGUCGAGCGGAUGGAGUAAAGGGAUAGCGUAAGUAGAUGACAGCAAGAAGAUAGUGGGAGGAGUAAGUAUUGCUGGCAACGCUGUCGUCGAGCGGAUGGAGUAAAGGAUAGCGUAAGUGGAUGACAGCAAGAAGAUAGUGGGAGGAGAUAAUUUCUUCUAUGGUUUGUAAUUGUUCGUGGAAACAAUUCAUCCAGCCACUUAGUAUUUACGUUGUUCCUGCGUUCAUCGCGAAAGCGCUGUGGGUAUGGUGCAACCUCUUCUUUUGCGCUUGCUUCUGUCAGUUCGGUUGAUUUUCUUUUUCCUGUAUGUGUUUGCCCGAGCCCUGUUGUCGCAACAAUAUGGCUUUCAGGUGUACCCCUUUUGUCUUCCCUUGCGAAGCGUGGGACUUCAUUCGCUGGCUGAGGAAAGGAGUGGUUUUUGGACUUGUUCAACAAACCUUGAUUUCGACGAAGCAAGUGUUAGCCUCGUCGUAGAACGGGUGUCGAUUCUGGAAGGGGGCGAGGAACAAGUCUAUCCUUCUUUAUGGGAUUCCGACGAACGGUCUCUGAUCCCUGCCUUCGCCGAGGAUCCGCAUGUUCCGCAUGAUCUAUGCUGUCGUCGGAGGUCUGGAAAGUUGUAGCACCCCGUCGUUGAAUCUGGGAGGAGAGUGCUGGUGAUCACCACGGUGGAAGUGUUCUUUGUGAGUAAUUGUUUUUCUUUUCGUUUCGGUUUUGUUAGACUGUUCUCUUGAGUGAAAUGGGGGCGGUUGAUAGAAGGCGGAGAAUAAGUGGGGCUAACGUGUUAUCGGUACACCUAUAUGCGGCUGCAGGGCAUGUGGAGGGUCCAUGCGCGUGUGUUGGUUGGGUGUGAUAGCAAGAUGUCAGCCCGAGGCCUUGCACCCACAGUAGGUUUUUCCAAGCUCCACAAGUACUCACGGUAGACGGAGGUUGGAUGGUGAGUGCUCUUUUGUCCAUUUGACAGUUUGAAAAACGUGUGCACGCGCGGUCGUUAUCUGAGCGUGCGUGUGUUGUCAUGUUCCAUAUACACAACUCCAGAAAAGAAGCACGACUGCGCCGGAGUGUUUCGUCGGACUUUCACCGACUUAUCAGGAGGUUGAACCCGACAGUUUGCCCAGGGUGCAUUUAACUAAUGGACAAGACCUCGCCACGUCGCCCAGAGCUAGCGUUACCCCUGAGAAAAAUGAUCGACUCUGUGUGUGCUCUGUGUGUGUGUGUGUGUGUGUGUGUGUGUGUGUGUGGGAGGAUGAGGAGAAGAGAAUUGGUGCUGAUGAUUCUUUAGCAGCGAGAGCAAGUAGUGCUUGGUCAACGUCCACUGUCGCUGAACAGCGGCAGCAGGGACGUUUAUUGGUGACAGCUUCGAAGUUUCUCCUUUUUAUGUUUCGUUUGCGGUACCUGUUCAUUUCAUGACAGCGUCGUCAAAUUGCGCGGGGUUUGUGGUUCAAAAUCUUUGUCAACGUAUUUUCUUGGCUGUGGAGAACGUCGCGUUCUUCUUCAGUGAGGUUGGAUUCCUGAAUGCUUCCACUUUCUGUCCGUGGACCCCAAGAAGGAGAUUUAAUACCGUCCACUUGUAAUGCUGAUCUAUUGAAAAUUUCCGUACGUUGUUUGGCUCGUAGGGUAUGCACUUGGACUUGAUGCUACGAGAAAACCUUUUUUUUUUUUUUUCUGUCUGGUUUUCCCUUUUGCGUUCUCGCUCUUUGUCACUGUAUCCACUGUUGAAGGUGGUGACGAUGUGUUUUCAGGCAGGCGCCGUUUCCCUACGGCGGCUUUGCGACAAUGUUUGUCACGUCUCUCUGAGUCUUGUGCGUCUACCAUUGUUAAAGAUUUCUUGCAUAACGUACGGCAUGAUAAGGAUCAGAUCCCUUAUACACGGGUGAUUUUCGAA